AUGCGGACGAUGGAGUCGCUGGAGGCGUUGACGGUGGAGCUUAGGGACAGCAAGGGCGGGGAGAUGCUCCGGCGGCUGAGGGCGCUGGGCGGGACGGCUGGCGGGGGGGACGAGGCGUCGAGGCAGCUGUACACGUUCCUUUUGCAUCAGGCGAGCGUGCCGUACUUGGAGAUGCUGGAGAUAUGGAUCUACCACGGCAACCUGAACGAUCAGUACGGAGAGUUUAUGAUCGAGCAGGCGGAAGACGUCCACAAGCAGGACGUCGGACAGGACUUCAACACACGCUACUGGUCCGGGCGUUACCUCCUGCGGCCGGAGCACGUCAUCGCCAACCUUGCCGGCAGACAGGACAAGAUUCUCACCACCGGAAAAUACCUCAACGUUGUCAGGCAAGGAGUGCGGGCGACGGGUGGACUGUCCCCUGGCCGGCCCCAUCCCCGCUGACCCCGGGACCGCGGGCGAGGGUCUGUACUCGAAGGUCAUCGACGGCGCUUACGGCUUC